UCCGGUCCAGAUAACGCUCGUCGAAGUUUAAUCCGGGUUCGGUUGUGUCGCGAAGUGGCAAGAUUCUGGAAACUGACAGAAAAGAUUUCAUUCUUCCCUACGAGAGCGUCAUUGAUUGUACUUUUUUUGUUGUUCGUUAACGAAAGAGUGAGAGAAUCAUGUUGAUCUCGACAGCGAUACUGAUGACUAUGCUGGUCUAUGGAAGUUUUGCUGACCAAGAAGAAGAACAGUCUUCGCGUGCAUCGCGAAUCAUUCCUUAUUUACAUGGAUUGAAAGUAGCCCAGGACGGUGGUGGAUACGAACUAUGUCGUCCCUCGAAAUUUUGGAAGGAGGACCAGUUGGGGCACGUAAACGUGUUCGCGUUCUUAGAUCCUUCGUGGCACUACAGCUAUAGGCAAGCAAUCAUGUUGGAAUUGCUGAAGAACCGAUUAGAGAAGUCCAACUUUUCCAACAUUUUGUUCUUCGUCGUGGCACCGCCACUGGAAUUACCGGAAGAUGACUUGGAGAUGAAAACGUGGAAGGACAUAUCUAAGAAGAACCUCGUGGAAUCUGAAUUAUUUUGGGCCGCGAAGGAAACACAGUCCGACGAUCUUGGUGAAAACAACGGGAAGGGCUCAAAAAUCAUCUUCCUUCAGGACAAUCGCGAGUUGGGCAUUUGGGAAAAUUUUCAUGCCUACAAGGACGAAGUGGCAGUCCUCGAUCGCUGUGGCAGACUGACGUAUCAAGUUAUAAUACCUUGGAGUAUAUUAUACUUUCCUUACGUUAAAGCUGCUAUUCUUUCUACGUACAAAGAGGAACCCUGCGGUCCGUGCAAUGAGCAACCACCAUUAAUACGUAAUCUAAUGGAUUAUGAAAAGUACCGUUUCCGGAAUAUAAAUCCAAAUUACAAAGAAAAAGACGAAAACUCCAAAUCGUACACGAAGCAAACACUUGGUAACUUAGAAUCGGAGAGCGUCACUGCGUUUUCGGAGGAAUCGAAAAGAACGGAAGACGAUAAAAAUGCAAGCACCGUUAUUCCUAUUAAUUUCAAUUUAAAUACAAAUGAUGUAACGAUUACCGAUAUCGCGAUAACAGACAUACCAUCUGUGGCAGCAGAAGCGUCUCGAACAUUUAAUGGGACAGAGCAUAACAAUGGAAAAGGCGAUGGUACUUUUGCUGGCAACAGAAGUGAAUCGACAACAGAAACUUCGUUCAUAACCUCAAACUUAAAGACAAUUAAAGAUUAUAGUAAAAUACAGGAUCAUACUUCUAUGAACGAACACACAACUACAAAUAAUAACACGAUUAAUGGUACAAAUACAGAUACUAAAAGAAAUGACUUUCGUCAGGAUGCCAUUAACGAGAGUUUGAAAAAUGGCGAUGAAAAAGAAGAGAUUUCUUCGACUGAUUAUAAGACCUCAACUGCAAAUAUCGAGAACAAAGAAAUACAAGUACAAAAAGACAAGGAUUUGCCAUUACGUAUAAUAAUGUAUGCUCCACAUUUACACCAGGAGGAUCAAACAAUAAAACGAUACUCACACUUGGUACUAAAAAUAGGAACUCCUGAUUAUCACGAACACGUUUAUAACAUAAACAAAGAUCACAAUCAACCGCCAUUGGCAUCAGAAAAAUCAGCUGUAACAUUAGAAGAUAAAAAGUUACGUAAACUUGUGAGCGGUACGAACGAAAGUCCAGGAGUAUAUGGAGAAAUUUCGGAUUAUUGGAGAAUUACCGAAGAUGACGAGUUCAAUGACAGAAGCGAAAAUUUAGCAUAUUCGGAACAAGAUGAUGCCACGACCGAAGACACAAAGACUAACAUUGACAAUACUUUCGAUACUAAAACUAGCACAUUGGAACCAAGUACUCUAGAUAUAACAGAUUCCGAUACAAACAUUGAAAGUAGCGCCGAUUCAGAUGAUUUUAUGGAACGUAAAUUGAUCGACCAUUACAGUAAACUGGUGCCAUGGAUCUACCAUAUUCUUUAACAAGUGAAUCAUAUUUAUUUGAAAAGUGUGUUUUAUCGAAAAUAUACUAUACACGCUGUACAUGUUUACACGGAUAACUGUAAGAAUCACAUACAAUAUAUAAUUAUAAAAUGGACACAAAACAGCAUCUUAUUCAUACAUUAUU